AUGGGGUACACUGUUUCCAGUGAGGAGGCUGAAAGUGUAUAUUUCAUAUCCUUUCACAGUGAAUUAUUUUUUAUAGAUAUCUUUGCGGCAUCCGAGUUUUUUCUUUUGGCCACUAUGUCGUAUGAUCGGUAUGUGGCCAUCUGCAAACCCCUGCAUUAUAUGACCAUCAUGAGCAUCAGAGUAUGCAGAACAAUGGUUAUCUGCUGUUGGGGGAUAGCCUUUUGUAUUAUCCUUCCCCCAUUUAGCUUAAUUGCAACUCUGGAGUUCUGUGACUCUACUGCCAUUGAUCAUUUUGGCUGUGAUGCACCACCUCUUCUGGAAAUCUCAUGCUCAGACACAUGGUUAGCUGCGCGGAUGGUUAUAGCCUGUGCUGGACUGAUCUUCAUCAUUACUCUUGUAUGUGUCGUUCUUUCCUACAUCUCUAUCAUGAAGACAAUCCUAAAAUUCCCUUCUGCUAAACAGAAGAAAAAGGCCUUUUCCACCUGUUCUUCCCACAUGAUUGUAGUUUCCAUCUCCUAUGGAAGCUGCAUCUUCAUCUAUCUCAAAACUUCUGGAAAAGAAGAUGUGGAGAUUAAUAAAAGUGUGGCAUUGCUUAUUGCAUCCAUAUCACCAAUGCUGAAUCCUUUUAUAUAUACCCUGAGGAAUAAGCAGGUUAAACAAGCUUUUAUUGAUUUAAUUAAAAAAAUUGCAUUUCUCUCCAAGAAAUAA